AUGCGGCAGACGGGCAGAAGCGCAGGAGCAGCAGCACCAAAUGCAGAGCAGCAGCAGCACCAGCAGCAGCAGCAGCAGCAGCAGCAGCAGCAAGGCUCUCACGGAGCUACAGAUUCAAAUUCCGACGCAGCAAGCGCAGUUUCCGGCUGCAGGAGGAGAGGUAGCCACGUGGCUGCUGAUGAAGACGCGAGAAGUUCUUCUGGCAGAACAACAUCUGCCACUGCUGCUGCCCGUGCGGCCGCACUUAAUACUACUUCGGGUGUAUAUACAAAAGCCAGCAGCGGCUCUUGCGCAUCCGAAGCACUCCGGGGGACGCUCGCUGCUGCUGAAGCUCGGCAAUUGUUCACAGCAGCCCGAGCGGCGGCAGGAUUACACUCGCCGUCUGCUGCUGAAUCUCCGUGCGCAGACACACAACAGCAGCAGUAGCAACAGCAGCAGCAGUAGCAGCAGCAGCAGCAGAAGCAACAG